CAGCUAAUCAAGCAUAUCCUCGUCAAACUCGAUUCUAAGCGGGAAUCGGAGCGAGCCGGCUAUUUGCGCGUACUUGCUGCCGCCCCUACUGAGCUCUACUCAGGCCGCAUAGACAAGGUGUUGGAAGCGAUCCGCUCCUGCUCCCAAGCCACUGCGCCUACUCGUAUCUGGUGUUGUGCUCGUAGGAAUGCCUUAUUGGCGCUUGUCAAGUAA